AUGAACAAGCCCAUCGAGAAACUCGAGGAUAAUCUCGCCCCGGAGGGCAAUUUCACCCCCGAGGUCUCCAUCCUCUGCAGCCCUUACCGCCUAUACUCCAGCACCUCUAAAGAAAGGCCACCUCAAGCUCCUAGGCCAAAGGGAAGAUCUGUCGCCAGCCCGGGUCAGACUCGCGCAAAACGAGCAAAAUCGGCAACCUCGAACUUGGGUGCAACGCCACUUAUCGAGAUAAGCGACGACGAGGAUAGCGACGACGAGAACGACGACGAGAAUGACGACGAGGAUGGCGGCAACGAUGGCGACGACGAGGAUGGCGGUAACAGAAACCACCAUUCGCGUCAUAUUCUAGGCAACUCAUCCACCUCUCACAUUGUUGACCUUACGAUCGAGUCAUCGCCCUCGGAUAGUUCUCCUGAGUUGCCCACGAGGUCCAUCGCCGACCAAAAGAAAGCAGAAGCGCCGAUCAUGCUGCAAGCAGAAGAGCCAGUUAUACUGCAGGCAGAAGAAACAGGCCAACCGGAACGCGCGGCCAUGGUCGACAGCGAAGUACAGUAUCAAUUCUCGUUUUCAAGGUCGCGCAGCGACGCAUUUGCCGAGGUGAUCAAGACAGAGGUCGAAGAGCAGUCACCUAUAGCACAGCGGUUUCGGUCAUUGACCCUGGAGCGAGAGGAGACGCCAAUGGAACGGCUCAUGCCUCGCAACGUCAUCACGCCGAUACGCACCACCCACUUCGACGACCUUCUUCACCGCAUGUCAGAGAAGAAGAGGCUUGGGGUCCAACAAAAAGCGAGGAUCUUUACGCAGAAGAUUGGCAUCUUCGCAGUGCAAGAAGCGCGGCUGGAACUUUUCUGGAUUACUACAAUGAAGCUGGUUGAUACCCGCCAACGCUUCGUGAGGAACCACGACCGCUUAAGCUUGUUGCUUGGUGCUGUAAACAAAGAGCUUGGCAGACAGGGAAAGGAGCCGUUCUCUUGGGACGAGGGCCAUGACAUUGCCAAAGAACUCCAGAAUCAGCGCAAGUUGACUCUGACGUCUGGCACGAAUCCGAAACUCUUUUUCACAAGGGAUGGGCAGGAGGUAAUGGGUGUGCAGCCCUGA